GAUAGCAGAGGUUAUGGCUUUCAAGAGAGACAACGUAGUUGUGUCAAAUAUGGAGCUUGAGAGACUUCUUAGCAUGAAAGGAGGCAAAGGUGAGGGAAGCUACGCCAAUAAUUCACAAGCUCAGGCUAUUCAUGCUCGUUCCAUGCUUCAUCUUCUAAAAGAAACCCUAGACAGAGUUCAAUUGAAUAAUCCUGAUGUUCCCUUUGUGGUUGUGGACUUGGGUUGUUCUUGUGGCAACAACACCAUCUAUGUGGUGGACGUCAUCAUCAACCACAUCAUCAAACGAUAUGACGCCUUAGGUCUCGAUCCGCCGGAGUUUUCAGCUUUCUUCUCCGACCUUCCAAGCAAUGACUUCAACACUCUCUUCCAGUUACUUCCUCCUAUGCUCACCACCACCAAUUAUGGUGUUAGCAUGGAGGAAUGCCUGGCCGCCAAUAACCAUCGCUCCUACUUCGCUGCCGGAGUGGCCGGCUCCUUCUACCGAAGGCUUUUUCCAAUGAGGUCCAUCGAUGUUUUUCACUCUGCCUUUUCCUUGCAUUGGUUGUCUCAGGUACCAGAGAGUGUGUUGGACAAAAGAGGAAGUGGAUACAACAAAGGAAGAGUAUUCAUACACGCAGCAAGUGAGAGCACAGCGAAUGCGUACAGGAAUCAGUUUCAGACAGAUCUGGCGGCUUUCCUGAGAGCAAGAUCCCAGGAGAUGAAGAAAGGUGGAUCCAUGUUCUUGGUCUGCCUUGGUCGGACCUCCAUGGACCCCACAGACCAAGGUGGGGCCGGCCUCCUCUUCGGGACCCACUUUCAGGACGCUUGGGAUGAUCUUGUCCAACAGGGGCUUAUUAGCAGUGAGAAAAGAGACAAUUUUAACAUCCCAAUUUAUGCUCCAAGCUUACAAGACUUCAAAGAGGUUGUGGAAGAAGAUGGCUCAUUUGCUAUAAACAAGCUUGAGGUGUUCAAAGGAGGAAGCCCUCUUGUGGUGAACCAGCCAGAUGAUGCAACUGAAGUAGGAAGGGCUCUGGCCAACAGUUGCCGGAGCGUGUCUGGUGUCCUCGUCGAUGCCCACAUCGGCGACAAGCUUAGCGAGAAGCUGUUCCUUAGAGUGGAGCAAAGAGCCACUGCUCAUGCCAAAGAGCUAUUAGAGCAACUUCAGUUCUUUCACAUAGUUGCAUCCCUUUCUUUUCCUUCAUGAAACAAAGGCCAUAUAUUUUUAAGUAGACUUGAUUAACAAUGAACAAAUAGAUUGAGUUAAUUAUGAGGAGAUAGAUAAUGAUGCCAAAGAUGUGUUCUACAUGAACAAAUUCUUGACAUGCUUGUAUACUUUCAUAUAAUUAGCUUGAUUCACCAAUCAAGUCUACUUAAAAAUUGUUCAUAACAAGAUGAUGAAAGGGCUUCUCUUUUGUGUGGUAUUUUGUUACUUCUAACUGUAGUUAUUCCUUUAUACAUUAUUAUGAACUUUAUGAUUUGUGUCCCAUCUCUUACAUUUGGG